UGGCAUAAAGUGACGUUUCAACAUGUACAUCAAGGAGAUAGUCAUAGAUGGGUUUAAGUCCUACGCCCAGAGGACUGAAAUCAAAGGAUUUGACCCGCUUUUUAAUGCCAUUACUGGCCUGAAUGGAUCGGGAAAAUCCAAUAUUUUGGACUCCAUUUGCUUCCUGUUGGGAAUCUCCAAUUUAACACAGGUCCGUGCCGGCAGUCUACAAGAGCUUGUGUACAAAGGCGGCCAGGCGGGAGUUACCAAGGCAACCGUUACCAUCACUUUUGAUAAUCGGGACAAGAAGCAGAGUCCGUUGGGAUAUGAGACGUUUGAUGAAAUCACCGUCUCUAGACAGGUUGUGAUCGGUGGUCGUAACAAGUACCUGAUCAAUGGCAGCAAUGCCAACAACAGCAGGGUCCAGGAUCUCUUCUGCUCGGUACAGCUCAACGUCAACAAUCCCCACUUCCUAAUCAUGCAGGGACGCAUCACCAAAGUGCUGAACAUGAAGCCCCCAGAGAUUCUGGCCAUGAUUGAAGAGGCAGCAGGAACAAGGAUGUACGAAAAUAAGAAGGCUUCGGCUCAGAAGACCAUCGAGAAGAAAGAUGCUAAACUCAAGGAAAUUGACUCGAUCAUGUCGGAGGAGAUCACGCCCACCUUGACGCGUCUCAAGGAGGAGCGCUCCAACUACCUGGAGUACCAGAAGGUCAUGCGAGAGCUGGAGCACCUGUCCCGUCUCCACAUCGCUUACCAGUUUGUCGGCGCCGAGGAGAUGUCCAAGAAGUCGGCCGAGGAUCUGGCCAAGAUGGCCGACCAGAUGAACCAGCUCAGAGACCAGCUGAAAGAGAUUGACAACAAAAUUGCCGAGCUGGGCCAGCUGAUCAAGGAUCUGGAGAAGCAGCGAGACGCGGAGACGGGCGGCCGGAUGAAGGAGAUUGAGAAGGCCCUGGCGGAGAGACAGAAUGUGGACACCAAGAUGCAGAGCUCUGUGCAGCAUCAGAGAGAAGCGCUGGCUAAAGAGAAGAAGAACAAGAAGGCUGUACUCAAGAGCUAUGAUGAGGACCAAGCCACCUUGAAGAGCAAAGAGAAGGACAUUGAUAAGAACAGCGCCAACUUUGAGAAGGUAGCAUCCUCCUACAAGGCGCACACAGAGGCCAUAGCAGCAGCCCAGAAGCACCUGCAGGCGGUGUCUGCUGGUCUCUCAAGCAGUGAUGACGGCGGGGAGGCCAAGACACUGGCUGACCAGCUCAUGGCCUGCAAGGAUGAGAUGAACUCGGCCGAGACCGGACUGAAGCAGGCCCAGAGCACGCUGAAGACGGCCCAGGCAGAGCUGAAGAAGAAGCAGUCGGAGCUGAAGAAGACUGAGAAGGAAUACCAGAAGGAUACGGCCAACCUAGAGGCAGUCCAGAAAAACAAGGCUAAAGUUGAGGCUGAGAUGAAGAAGCUGGGUUUUGAGGACGGGAAGGAAGACGCCUUGGUGAAGCAGAAGAAGACAAUGGGAGAACAGGUGCAACAGCUGCAGGAUAAAGUCAACACACUGACUGCUAGGUUUCCCAACCUGCAGUUUGAGUACAGAGACCCAGAGAAGAACUUUGACCAUUCUAAGGUGCAUGGUCUGGUAGCCCGCCUCAUUCAAGUCAAAGAUGUGCGCAACGCAACAGCUCUAGAGGUCACAGCUGGUCGGAAAUUGUAUAAUGUCGUCGUAGACACUGAAGUCACCAGCAAGAAGCUGCUGCAGAAGGGCGAGCUAAAGCGUCGCUACACCAUUAUACCACUCAACAAGAUUGCUGCUAGGUCACUGGCUGCUGACAAGAUCAAAGCUGCACAGAACCUGGUUGGUAAGGAUAACGUGCACUCUGCCCUGUCAUUGGUGGGCUUCAGGAAGGAUGUAGAGGCCGCCAUGCAGUUUGUCUUUGGUGGAUCUCUGGUCUGCAACCAGAUGGACUAUGCUAAGAAGGUGACCUUUGACCCCAAGGUCAGAACUCGAACUGUGACCUUGGCAGGCGAUACCUUUGACCCCUCAGGAACAUUGACUGGAGGUGCACGUGCCAAGGGCUCGACGGUCCUGGCCAAGCUGACCGAGCUUCAGGAUGCAGAGAGUCAACUCCGGCAGAGAGAGCAGGAACUGUCGGCCGUGGACAAGGAGCUAAGCACCCUCAGAGGCGCUGCCGACAAAUUCCGCCAGUUGAAGGAGCAGUAUGAUCUGAAGGUGCACGAGGCAGCGUUACUGCAGGAGAGACUACAGCAGAGCUCCCAUCAUAAGCAGCUUGAGGAGAUCCAAGCACUAGAAGCCUCAGUUGCGGAGCAAGAAGCCGCCAUCCCGGCAGCCAAGGAGAAGCAGAAGGAAUUGACUGAGAAGUGCAAGACACUUGAGGCUAAGAUCAAGGAUGCCAAGUCGGUCAGGGAGAAGGAGCUGAAGGAGGCAGAGGCCGGGGUGACCAAGGCCAAGAAAGCAGCCGAGGAAUCCAACAAAGCCAAAAAACAGAAACAACAGGAGAUGGACACUCUACGCCUUGAAGUUGAAGAUCUGAAAAAGGAACUUACCAAGUACGAUGACCAACUAGCGGCUGUAGACAAGGCUAUCCAGGGAUUCGAAGAACAAGUCAAAGAGAUGGAGGGAAAAGCCAAGGAAACCAAGAAUGCUGUUGCAGAGACCAAGAAAGAGCUCGAGCGCCAGAAGGAGUUGUUGAAGGAACGCAACCAGGACAUCCAGGCCAAGAUAGCCCAGCAGCACCAGCUGGCCAAGGAGGACCAAGACACGCAGGUGGAGAUGAAAGAACUAGAACACCAGAUGGCCAAGUACCAGCGCGACAGCAAGGAUGCUGCCAAUAAGGUGGAGACCUUGAUGGCCAAGUACGAGUGGAUCGCGACUGAGAAGCAGUAUUUUGGCCAGCCCAACACGGCCUACGACUUCAGCAACAGCGAGCCGAGGGAGGUGGCACGCCGCCUGCAGAAACUGCAGGAGACGAAAGAGAAACUGAGCCGCAACGUCAACAUGAGGGCCAUGAACAUGCUGAGCAAGGCUGAGGAAAAGUACAAUGACUUGAUGAAGAAGAAGCGCAUUGUGGAGAACGACAAGAAAAAGAUCAUGGCCACCAUCCAGGAGCUGGAUGAGAAGAAGAACGAAGCUCUCAAGAAGGCCUGGGCACAGGUCAACAAGGACUUUGGUUCGAUCUUCUCAACCCUCUUGCCCGGCACUCAAGCCAAGUUGCAGCCUGUUGAGGGCCAUUCCAUUCUGGACGGGUUGGAAGUGAAGGUUGCCUUUGGUGACGUGUGGAAGGAGAGCUUGGCUGAAUUAAGUGGCGGCCAAAGGUCCUUGGUGGCUUUGUCCCUCAUCCUGUCCCUUCUGCUGUUCAAGCCGGCACCUCUGUACAUCUUGGAUGAGGUGGAUGCAGCCUUGGAUCUGUCCCACACCCAGAACAUUGGCCAGAUGUUACGCACUCACUUCAGGCACUCGCAGUUCAUCGUUGUGUCGCUCAAGGAUGGCAUGUUCAACAACGCCAACGUCCUCUUCAAGACCAAGUUUGUGGAUGGUGUCUCCUGCGUGACCCGCUACGCCCAGAGUCCUUCCUCUUCCGCCGCAGCUGGCCGUUCCGGAUCCAGCGGGAGUGUCUCCGCAGGGAGUGUUAGCAGGGCUAAGGGAACAGCCAAGAAGGGGGCCGGGGCCAAAAAGGCUAGGAUAGAACCACUCAUGGAACAAGGCCAGUGAUUUGUUACAAGAGUUCUUUCAAAUUCCACUUUAAUUUUAAUACCGGUAGUCUUCUUUUUACUUACCAGAUCACAAGGUAUUAACCCUGUACCUCACCUAAAGCUACAAAAUACUACUAGUAAACUGUAGUAUGAAAUACUUCAGCAUUUAAGUGUGCACAACAGUAUUCUGUAGUAUUCUGUUCUAUAUCCCAAAGUAAUGGCUAGGACGUUAGGGUUAAAAAAUAAAGAGAUAAUUACUAAUGGGUGAUAUGACAAUUGGACAUUAAACAUUUUCGCACGGAGCAGUUUUUGAUCCAAUCGGGAACAGUGAAAAGUGGCAUCGGUACUUUUGACAUCGCAUAUUCAAAAUCAAACACGCUUAAAUUUUGAAAUUAAUUGUGUAGUACAUGUAUCUCCCUCACUCAAGGUAAACUAUCAAAACAGUAUCACUUGAAUUCAUGGAGUAGUUGAGCCAUAAGUAGACUGAAUAAUGUUUGCGAUCCGGAACUAGGAAAACGACUGCUGGAACUUAUUCCAGCAGUUUCGGGUCUAUUUUCACCCUCAUAAUCACCCUUUUAAUGCAGAAUCUUACCAACAAGUUCUAAAAAAAAAAGGAAUUCUAAAGCAAAUAGAUAGUUGGACACUGAACGUAAAAGCGCUUUGAUCUUAGUUAAAAGCGCUAUAUAAGCACCCAUUAUUAUCAUUAUUAUUUGAAUAAGCUUUGAAAACUAUAAAUAGCACUCUUGACAUUGGGCAACACUUGUCAUUGAUUCUUGGUUGGAAAAUACAAAAUGUAACAAAUGUACAUACAACGUAUUCCUCUCUUAUACUUAGUCUGAUCAUUGCUUUUUUUGAAUCAUGAUUUUGUAAAUGUUUAAAAAUUACUUAAUUGUCUCUUUUUCUUUGUAGACAACAAAUGCAAUCUUAGAGAUAGUUUCUCGUUUGGUUUAUUGGAACGUAAAUGCUUAAUGUAAAUAUAUGAGGUAAUUACUUACGUAGAUCAGAUUUUUUUCCUGAAAACAUUUAAAUAUUUUAGUCACAUAACUGUUGAUAUUCUGUGUGCAUAAGAGGUUAAGAUUUUAUUGAGGAAAAGUUUGCAGUGCAAAGUAAGUAAACAGGCUUGGGACUUGGAAUAUUUAUCUUAAAACCUGCAUACAAAAUGUAAAAGAUACAUCAACCAUUUCAAACAUAAACUGAAGUUACCAACUUAGCCCUUUCCAAAUUCAUAGCACAUGUACAUACUUAAUUUAAUAUUGCACCUUUUAAUGUUAUUUUGGUAGUGUGUAGUAGCAGAAGGGUAGAAAAGGACAAAGUAUUAAAUACACACUUACAACACA